AUGACUUCCAUUGCUCAAAGUUUAUAUUAUCAUAACUACAUUUGGAUUGAUAGAGUAGGCCUGGCAGGUGGUUUACUUCUUAUGUGGAAGGAUGGAAUAACAUGUGAUAUUGCUAGUUCAGCUGAUAAUAUUAUUCAUGCUCUCAUUAGAAUUGAUCUUUGUAAACCAGAAGUCCUUAUGUAUUUUAUGUAUGAUUCUACAUACAAUGAUCCUAAAAAGAAGCAAUGGAACUUUUUACAUGAACUCAGUGAAGUUGUUUACCAACCUUGGCUAGUACUAGGUGAUCUAAAUUUCUAUUUAGCUAGAAAUUGUAGUAGCUCUGACACUUGGGUUCAGAAUAAGGUUAGGGAUAUUGGCCUUUCUGAUUUAGGUUAUGAAGGUAAUGACUAUACUUGGACCAGUAAUAGCUUUGGUACUGGCAUAAGAAAAGCUAGACUAGAUAUGGGUUUAGGAAAUACUGAUUGGUUUUUGCAAUUUCCUAAUGCUAAAAUUUGUCAUUUGAAUCAUAUUGCUUCUGACCAUUGUCCUAUAAUGCUCAUUACUGAUCCCAUUCCUAAGAAGUUUUGGAGACCUUUUAAGAAUUUUGGUACAUGGAUGAAACAUGAUUCUUUUAAAUCUAAUAUGGAACAGGCUUGGAAUAUAGAUGUUCAGGGUAGUCCUUCCCAUAAAUUUAGAAACAAGCUGCAGCAUACUAGAUUCAUCUUAGCUAGAUGGAACAAGCUAGAAUUUGGUGACAUUCAUAAAAACAUUAAGAUUUUACAGGAUAAGUUGGAUAUAGCUCAGAAAGAACCAACUUCUAUCAGUCAAGAAAUGAAGGUAAAAAAUAUAACUCAUGAUCUGGAAAACUGGUAUAAAAUACAAACUAGUUUUUACAAAGAGAAAUCUAGAGACAAACAUAUACAUGAUAUGGAUAACAACACUAAAUAUUUUCAUUCUAUUGUCAAUAAAAGGCUGCAUAGAAAUAAUAUUAGUGCUCUUAUUGAUAAUGAAGGAAACAAGCAUAGAGACAGAGAUAGCAUAAGUAAUCUUCUUACUACUCACUUUAGCACCAUUGCUUGUACAAGUAAUCCUGUCUUGACUGAUGCUGCUUUUGAUGUUAUUCAUGCUAUUACUAAUGACUCUGAUAAUGAGGUUUUGCUUGCUGUUCCUUCUGCUGAUGAAAUUACUAGUGUUGUUAAGUCUAUGCCAGCUUGGAGUUCUCUAGGUCCUGAUGGUUUCCAAGCUGGUUUUUAUCAAUCUCAGUGGGAUAUUGUUGGUAAAGAUGUAAUUGAUGUUGUUCAGAAAUUCUUUAUUACUGGAUUUAUGCCUAAAGAUCUUAAUAAGACUUAUAUUGGUCUUAUUCCUAAGGUUAAAGACCCUAAAAAGCCAUCUUAA